CAGUGGUGAUCUGAGCAGCCAUGCAGAUCUUUGUCAAGACCCUCACGGGCAAAACCAUCACUCUUGAGGUUGAGCCCAGUGAUUCAAUUGAAAAUGUGAAGGCCAAGAUUCAAGACAAAGAAGGCAUUCCUCCUGACCAGCAGAGGCUGAUCUUUGCUGGAAAGCAGCUCGAGGAUGGAAGAACUUUGUCCGACUAUAAUAUCCAGAAGGAGUCGACUCUGCACUUGGUGCUCAGGUUGAGAGGUGGUGCCAAGAAGAGGAAGAAGAAGAACUACACUACCCCAAAGAAAAACAAGCACAAGAAGAAGAAGGUCACUCUGGCAGUUCUCAAGUACUACAAGGUUGAUGAGAACGGAAAGAUCACACGUCUGCGACGAGAGUGUCCCAACGAUGACUGCGGUGCUGGUGUUUUCAUGGCCUCCCACUUUGACCGACAGUACUGUGGAAAGUGUUGCCUCACUUUUGUAUUUAAUAAACCAGAAGACAAAUAAAUCUGUUGGACAUUCUCAAAUA